GUGUUAUUGUCUGGUCCCCCCAAUCCCCUAGGAUUAACGCCCGUUCCCUUUUUUCCUGAAGAGAGGGAAGGAACCAAAAAAGAAAACCCUACGCGCUCUUUCCCGGGGGAGGAGAAGAUAGGAACCAUGGAUCUUUCCGCUCUCACAGAAGCUCAACAGCAACAGCUCCAACAAUUCCAUCAACAGCUUCAACAGCACCAGCUUCAACAGCAACAAGAACAACAGCAACAGCAGCAGCAGCAGCAAAUUCAACAACAACAGCAGGACUACUACGAUCCGUCUCAAACCCAAGCUUACGAUCAAUCAACCCAGGCCUACUACCCUUACCACCAUUAUCAGCAACAGCAACACUAUGCUUACUAUCAUCCGGAUUACGCUAACGCCUAUCAGCAACCGCAACAACAACAACAACCACAACCGUCAGCGGCGCAGGCGGACUCCACACCGAUCCAACCUCCCGGCAUUUCGAUCCCAGCUGAAGCUUCCCAACUAUUGGCUGCCGCUGCUGCCGCGGCAGCGGCUCAAGGGCAGCAACAAGGACAAGUUCACGGGCAAUCGCAAGGGCAAGUGCAAGCGCAUGUUCAGCAGCAACAGAAUGCUUAUUAUCCGCAAGGCGUUGGGGAGCAGCAGCAGGCUGCAAAUUCGUCCUAUCCAGUUCCACCCGGGCUGAACCCUGCGGCCGCGGCGGCGGUCGCUGCAUUGUCGCAAUUGACGCACUUUGCAGGAACGAUGGAUGCUGCGGAGAGAGCUAUGGCAGGGUUGCAAGAACGGCAGUGGCACACGAAGAAUGGAGGCUAUGGACACAUGCCGCCGCCCGGGUCUAUGCCUUAUGGACCACAUGGACCUUUUCCGAUGCGCCCACCGGUUGGGAGAUCAGCAUACAGGGGUGGUGGUAGAAGAGGUGGCGGGUCAUUCAGAGGUGGUGGUAGAGGUAACUUUGGCCAACGUCAACCUCGAGCAGAUGGAUCAGGUCACCAUUUCCGCGGGAGGGGACGCAUGGGGAAGGGUGGUAGACGCUUUCAACAACAUGCUGCAUCAUCAUCAGCAUCAGGCCAGGAACCUGCAGCACUGGCACAAGGAGAAGCUGAUGUACAAGGAGAGGCACUACAAGCUGAACGGCAGCUGCAAUCAGUUCCAGCUCAACCUCCAGUAUCAGCUCCAGUACCAGGACAGUCAGCUCCAAACCGACGUCCCCCUCAAAUUGCAUGGUGUGAGCUUUGUAGGGUUGACUGCACCAGUUUAGAUAUCCUUGAGCAGCACAAGAAUGGAAAGCGCCAUAAGAAGAACUUGCAGAGAAUUGAAGAGUUAAAGAAUGCCAAAAAACCUUUGCCUGCAAUACAGGUCGAGCAAAAACCUCUGCCUGCAUUGAAGUCUGAGAGUAUGGUGCAGCCUGCUAGUGUGCAGGAGAUCCAGCCUGACAAUGUCCAGGGGAUGCAGCCUGAAAAUAUCCAGGGGGCACAACCUGAGAAUGUUGAGGGUUUGCAGGCUGACAAUAUGCAGGGCAUUCAAGCAGAGCAUGUUGAGGGAGUGCAGUCUGAGAAUGUCCUUGAGGCAGGGCCUGACAAUGUCCAGGAAGGACAGCCUGAGAAUGUCCAGGGAGCAGGGGAGAGCAAACCACCUAUUGCAGAAAAUUUGCCUACUGAAGCUCCUAGUAAUGAAAACAAGAUAGAAAUUGAGCAGCAAAAUAGUUCGGUAGAACAACCUGGGACUGCUGAUGUUGAAAGGGCUGAAGCACCUGGAAAGAGGCAGAGGUUUGGUCGAUUUGAUUCUCGUAGGCGUGGUAUCAAACGCAAGAUGAGAGGAGGGGGUCGAGGAGGUAAGCGCACGAGGACUUCUGAAGGGCCAAGGAAGCCGGUUGAGCCUCCCAAACCAAAAGAGGUGGUCCCCUUAAUCUGUGACUUGUGCAAUGUCAAGUGUGACACACAGACUGUUUUUGACUGUCAUUUGGCUGGUAAAAAGCACCUAUCUAAGCUUAAACGGUUCCAAGGUCAUCAGGCAAUGUUUGGACCUGUAGGACUUCAGGCUCUUUACCCUCCCAGUCCCAGUGCUCAUUCAACUUUUGUCAUCACACAAGGACAUCAACAAGCCUUCUACAGCCCUCAUGUCUUCCUUCCACAGCAGGCUGCUUAUAGGCCUCCUCAAGCUCAACAGGCGGCUGCAGCAAGUUCACAACCCCAAGUUCAACCAUUGGAGUCUCAAGUAACAGAUGUUACAUUGGAAUCAGGAAACGAGAUUGCUGUUGCCGUUGAAUCUAAAAAGCGACAGUCUGUUGUAGUCGAGAUGGGAAACCAACAAGGCCAUAUGGUGGAAGCCAUAUCUGAGAAAAUUCCAGAAUCAGGGGGAAUGGAGGUUGGCUCUUCCCUGGAUAACUUGGUUGUGCCGGCAUCAGGUAAUGGUGAUACAAGGGGUAACCAAACUCCUUCAGUGAAGGACGAUUCUGGUCCUGUGUCUGAUAUGGGGUUGCCUCAACCAAAUACAUGCGAGGAUUCACAACCAUGAAGUAGUCGAGGUGAUUGUAAGACCCAAUGACCAGUCAUGUCAGGGAUGGACUUAAACGUUGAAUAUUGGUGCAUGGCUUAUGGUCAUAUUUGCUUUUUAGGAACUGUUUUUCUUUGUUUUCGAUGGAUGGUUCUAUAUAACAUUGCCUUGGAUGAUGUAUCCUUAAAAUCAUCUUCUAACCUCAUUUGUUUUGGGACAUUCAAGCGAUCAAGGCGUUUUGAGGGGAUUAAUAGCGUUCAUACUUGAUAUUUUGUUUAGUCAGGUUUGGUUGCUUGAUAUCCUACUGGUGUAUUUUUUUGUUAUCCUUUUGAACCAGGAAGCCCGCGUAAGAAGUAACGCAAGUCAAUGGUUGGAGGCUAGGAGCUAUUGUUACUUUUUUUGUGUUACGUAUAAUGUGGGUUUAGAGCAAAUCUUUGAUUAUCUAUCAAAAAAAAGGGGCAACUCUUUGACUGUGUA